AUGAGCUCACAAGGGCAAGGUAUUGAUGAGGCGGUUCUGGACGACAUAAUCCGGCGCUUAACGGAGGUCCGAUUAGCCCGACCCGGCAAGCAGGUUCAGCUCUCCGAGUCAGAGAUCAAGCAACUCUGCGUCGCUUCUCGAGACAUCUUCAUUACCCAGCCCAAUUUGCUUGAACUCGAAGCCCCCAUCAAGAUUUGCGGUGACAUUCAUGGUCAGUACAGUGAUUUGUUGAGGCUAUUUGAGUAUGGGGGUUUGCCUCCUACUGCAAAUUAUCUCUUUUUGGGGGACUAUGUGGACCGUGGGAAGCAGAGCUUAGAAACCAUAUGUCUUUUGCUUGCAUAUAAAAUCAAAUAUCCAGAAAACUUUUUCCUGUUGAGGGGGAAUCAUGAGUGUGCUUCCAUCAAUAGGAUUUAUGGGUUUUAUGAUGAAUGUAAGAGAAGGUUUAAUGUGAGGCUUUGGAAAGCCUUUACGGACUGUUUUAACUGCCUUCCUGUUGCUGCCCUUAUAGAUGAUAAAAUAUUGUGCAUGCAUGGUGGUCUUUCCCCAGAACUCACAAACUUGGAUGAAAUCAGGAAUCUACCGCGUCCUACAGUAAUUCCCGACACUGGCUUGCUUUGUGAUUUGCUAUGGUCUGAUCCUGGUAGGGAUGUGAAGGGUUGGGGAAUGAAUGACAGAGGAGUGUCCUACACCUUUGGUCCUGAUAAGGUGACUGAAUUCUUGACAAAGCAUGACUUGGAUCUCAUUUGUCGUGCUCAUCAGGUUGUAGAGGAUGGGUAUGAAUUCUUCGCUGACAGACAACUUGUAACGAUAUUUUCAGCUCCAAACUACUGUGGUGAAUUUGACAAUGCUGGUGCAAUGAUGAGUGUGGAUGAUAACUUGAUGUGCUCUUUUCAGAUUCUCAAGCCUGCAGAGAAAAAAACAAAGUUUAUGAUGUCAAACAAGAUGUGA